GGACAUUGGGUUGCCUUGAUCUGUCAGUGAUCUGCCACCAGAAAGGGGACCCGGUCAUUGAAAAAACUGAAAGAAACAAGCAGUGACAGCAAGGAUAGAAAUAGCAGAAGAAAAUUAAAUCCCAGUACGCGUGUGACAUUCAUUAGGAAGUUGUUUCAGGACUUCGAUGGACGAUUCCCAGGACUUGAAUGACUCAGUUAAGAAAACGAGCACAGAUUCAGAUGUUACAGAGCCCCCAAAUUCCAGGCCUAUGGAAAUGCAGGACCUAUUAAGUCCUCAUAAUCGUGUUGAUAGUGGAGAUUCAUCCGGGACAUCCAAGCUGGAAAAGUCUAAUAUCAGCAGCACCUCCAUCACAACCAAUGGGACAGGAGGAGAGAACAUGACUGUUCUAAACACUGCUGACUGGCUGCUGAGUUGCAGCACCCCCUCUUCUGCAACAAUGUCUCUUCUUGCAGUCAAAACAGAGCCCAUGAACAACAAUGAAACCACAGCAACAACUGGAGAUGGAUCGCUUGACACUUUUACUGGGUCAGUCAUAACAAGCAGUGGCUACAGUCCAAGAUCAGCACACCAGUACUCGGCUCAGCUAUAUCCCUCUAAACCAUACCCACAUAUCCUAUCUACACCAGCAGCUCAGACCAUGUCCGCCUAUGCCGGUCAAACUCAGUACACUGGGAUGCAGCAACCCACAGUUUACACAGCUUAUUCACAGACUGGACAGCCUUACAGUUUACCCACCUAUGAUUUGGGCGUUAUGUUGCCAGGCAUCAAGACAGAAAGUGGACUCCCGCAAACACAAUCACCGUUACAAAGUGGUUGUCUUAGCUACAGUCCAGGGUUUUCAACUCCUCAGCCAGGCCAAACUCCAUACUCCUAUCAAAUGCCAGGUUCUAGUUUUACCCCAUCUUCUAGUAUUUAUGCAAAUAAUUCAGUCUCCAAUUCAACCAAUUUUAGUAAUCCUCAACAGGAUUAUCCCUCUUACACAGCUUUUGGCCAAAAUCAAUAUGCACAGUAUUACUCUGCAUCGACAUAUGGACCCUAUAUGACCUCAAAUAAUGCUGUAGAUGGAACCUCAUCAUCAACGUAUCAGUUGCAGGAUUCCCUUUCAGGCUUAACUAAUCAACCAGGUACAGAAUUUCAUUCAGGAGAGUUCGACACAGUACAGAGUCCCUCGACACCUAUCAAAGAUCUUGAUGACAGAACAUGUAGGAAUGCUGGGUCAAAGUCACGCGGAAGAGGCAGAAAAAAUAAUCCGUCACCUCCACCUGACAGUGAUUUGGAGAGGGUGUUUGUUUGGGAUUUGGAUGAAACGAUCAUAAUUUUCCAUUCGUUGCUCACUGGGACAUUUGCACAGAAGUAUGGCAAGGAUUCACCAACAGCUGUGACUCUUGGAUUGCGGAUGGAAGAAAUGAUUUUCAACCUUGCCGAUGCACACUUAUUUUUUAAUGAUUUGGAGGAGUGUGAUCAGGUCCAUGUAGAUGAUGUUUCCUCAGAUGACAAUGGCCAAGACUUAAGUUCUUACAGCUUUGCAACGGACGGCUUUCGAGCAGCAGCAAGCAGCACUACUCUCUGUUUACCAACAGGAGUUCGAGGAGGCGUGGACUGGAUGAGGAAGCUGGCGUUCCGUUAUAGGAGAGUAAAAGAACUUUACAAUACUUACAAGAACAAUGUAGGAGGACUUUUUGGCCCAGCUAAAAGAGAAGCCUGGCUUCAAUUGCGAGCAGACCUUGAAGUUCUGACAGACUCCUGGCUCUCAAAUGCACUUAAAUCACUAUCACUCAUUAGCACAAGGAGUAAUAGCGUGAAUGUCUUGGUAACAACAACCCAGCUUAUCCCAGCACUUUCAAAAGUCUUGCUGUAUAGUUUAGGAGGAGUCUUUCCAAUUGAGAAUAUUUACAGUGCAACAAAAAUAGGAAAAGAAAGUUGCUUUGAAAGAAUAAUACAAAGGUUUGGAAGAAAAGUAGUUUAUGUUGUAAUUGGGGAUGGUGUAGAAGAAGAACAGGCAGCAAAAAAGAAUAACAUGCCUUUUUGGAGAAUAUCAAGUCAUUCAGAUCUUUUGGCUCUACAUCAAGCACUGGAACUAGAAUAUUUGUAACUAUUUGCAUCUUGGACGGCCUUUUGUAUAUGUAUAUAAAUAUAUAUAUUUUAAGUACACACUGAAUUUUUAUUUGUGGUUGAAUGCCUCUGGCUUUUUACACACAUGGAUUGUCUUAAAAAGGGAAGAAUUAUCUGGAACAAACCAAUGGGAAUGACAACGGAUUCAGACUGCUACAAGAGGAGCAAAAUCAAAAAAUCUCGAGGGCUGCUCCAAAAAAGAUAUUUAUGGUCAUGCAUGUAAGGCUUUUAAGGCAUCUGGCCAAUGAAGACUCACUAGUUCUUGCACCAAGGAAAUCAUAGUAAUUAAGUAGAGCAUCUGUGCAGGACUCGUUGGCUGGUGCUUUCUGACUGAAGAGGGGGGUGUUCUACAUUCCUCAAAAUGGGAUCUUACUCUCAACACUGAGGUGUGAAUCAGACAUAAACCUACCUAACCCGGAAAAUCUGAAUUUAGAAUGCACUCCAACUAUAUGAUGACAAUCAUGUCUAGACCUGUAAUUUUGUGUAAAUUAUUGAGUAAAAAAUAAUAAUUUACUGUGACUUUAUUAGCAGCUGAUUUUGAAAGUGGAUGUAACGUUUGUUUUUUUUUGUUUGUUUUUUUGGGGGGAGGGAGAUGGGUAGCUGGGAAGAGGUUGGAGAGAUCUAAAAUGGUAUCAUGCUGUCUCUUUUAUAAGUUUGGCAAUCAGAAUGUGCAUAAUGAUGUGUUGUGCCUUAAUGACAAGACAGUGUUUGUGUGUUACAAUGUAAUUUUGGUUAAAAAUGUAGUUACAUGAAAUCUUCCAUUUGAGAUGAUUUCUUCAUACAUGACCAAAUUGAUCUAUAAAACCGGAAAAGCUGCACACUUUGCGGCUAAAAUUUGUUGCAGGAAUAAAUAAAAACAAUGGAACUUUGUGUUUUUA